AUGGUGUGGUUCCUCUUGGAUGUCUUCCUUAUUAUGUACUACACGGACUGUGCCAGCAGUAAUCGACAAUGUCCUGGUGGUGAUGGUGUCCUCAGAAAUGAUGCUGAUGCUGAUAACCGAGGAGGAGGAGGCGGCGGUGGGGGAGGAAAAUUAGGAAACCUCUUCAACAUCCCUAGAGUGUUUAUACCUCGUAGAAAUGGCCCUGGUGAACUUGGGAAACCUGUCAUUGUUCCAGCACAGAAACAACAGGAAUCAAAAGAAAAGUUUAAAAUAAACCAAUUCAACUUAGUUGCUAGUGACAUGAUAUCAUUAAAUCGAUCUCUACUUGAUUAUCGAAUGGACGGAUGCAAGAAAAAAGGGUAUACAAUUGAGAAAUAUCCCAAGACUAGCAUUGUUAUAGUGUUUCAUAAUGAAGCCUGGUCUACACUAUUAAGAACUGUACAUAGUAUCAUCAACCGAUCUCCCCCUGAGUUGCUGGAAGAAAUCAUUAUGGUAGAUGAUGCUAGUGAAAGAGAUUAUUUGGGGAAGAAAUUGGAUGAUUACGUUGCUGCAUUACCGGCUAAAGUUCACAUUGUCCGAUUAGAAGAAAGAACAGGACUUAUACGAGCCAGAUUAAAAGGUGCUGCUGUUGCAAAAGGUAAAAUCUUAACAUUCCUUGAUGCUCAUUGUGAAUGCUCCCCAGGAUGGCUGGAACCAUUAAUUGCUGAAAUUUACAAAGAUCGCAAAUCAGUAGUGUGCCCUAUUAUUGAUGUAAUCAGUGAUGAUACUUUUGAGUACAUUACUGGUUCAGACAUGACCUGGGGUGGUUUUAAUUGGAAACUCAAUUUCCGAUGGUAUCCUGUGCCCCAGAGAGAAAUGCAGCGGCGUGGUGGAGAUCGAUCCUUGCCAACACGAACACCAACCAUGGCUGGUGGCCUGUUUGCCAUUGACCGUGACUAUUUUUAUGAAAUUGGAUCCUAUGAUGAAGGCAUGGACAUCUGGGGUGGAGAAAAUUUGGAAAUGUCAUUCAGAAUUUGGAUGUGCGGAGGUCAAAUAUUUAUUGUUACCUGUUCACGAGUAGGCCAUGUAUUCCGUAAGACAUCACCUUAUUCUUGGCCUGGUGGUGUGGCCCGCAUUAUCAACCAUAACACAAUGCGUAUUGUGGAAGUAUGGAUGGAUGAAUAUAAAGAAUUUUUCUAUAAGAUCAAUCCCGGUGUGAAAUCAGCUGAUUAUGGUGAUGUAUCUGAACGCUUGGAAUUUCGCAAGAAGCAUAACUGCAAAUCAUUCCGUUGGUAUCUUGAAAAUAUUUACCCAGAAUCCCAGAUGCCACUUGAUUAUUAUUCUGUUGGUGAAAUUCGAAAUAAAGUGACUGGAUUGUGUUUGGACAGUAUGGGUCGUAAAAGUGGUGAGAAGGUCGGCAUGGUGGCAUGCCAUGGUUUUGGAGGCAAUCAGGUUUUUUCCUAUACAAAAAAGCAAGCACUGCAAACAGAUGAUGUGUGUCUAGAUGUUUCAGCUGUUGGUGGCCCUGUAAAAUUAUUUGCGUGCCAUGGUCUGGGCGGGAACCAGGUCUGGGAAUAUGACAAAGAGGUGUUUGCCUAUACAAAGGGGAAGCAGCUAAUGCUAGAUGAGAACCUAUGUCUCUACCUUAACCUCCACGUGUACCUGCGGCGAAACAAAGUGGUUUUGACACCCUGCCAAAAAUCUGUGGGCGGGUGGGAGUACGAUCGACAGACUUUGGCUCUGAAACAUGUAAACAGUAACCAAUGCUUAGACAGACCAUCUCCAGAUGAAACAGACACUCCUGGUAUUGGUCCUUGCAACAAUAGUCCUAGCCAACAGUGGAUCCUAACAGACAUGAAAUGGCAGUGA